UAUUAGUCUGAUGGAACGAUCGCUGGUUGACAGAACCGCGGCAGCAUUCUGUUAGAAGGCAGGAACAGGUAUCGCCAUAUGCGUGCCUUUAAAAGCUGAAUGAAGAAACGUGUUAUCAUGAAGAGGACAUCAGAACCGUAAAACCUUCUCGUUUUUGUUGUGAAAUUAUUUUUGGAGAGGUAAAUAAGGAUCCUUUGUAACUCAAAAUGUCGUCGUUGCAAGGAUUCGUGAACCACUCAUUGACCAGAUUGAACAAUACCGAGAGUUGGAAUCUUAUUGAAAACUUUGCUUUCAAUCUGGAAACUGUUUAUCUGUGGAUUAUACUUGUCAUCGGUUUCCCCGGAAAUUGUGCAACUAUUGUCACCGUUGUGAAAAUGUGCCCAGCCAGAUCCCUUACUGUUUAUAUUACCAUUUUGGCAGUAGUUGAUAACCUGGCCAUAGUUGACAAACUUCUAAUGUUUGUACUCCUUGAUCAUGGUGUUCACGUUGGGCAGUUUGGAUGUAAAAUACUUGGAUACUUCGGAAACCUCCUCAGCACGUUUGCCAAUUGGUUGUUGGUGGCAAUGUCUGUUGAAAGAUUUGUAGCUGUGUGGUUUCCAUUCAAACUUGGACAAAGUUGGACAUUCAAAAAAUCAAUCAUGGCCGUUUUAGUUUUAGCACUGCCCCUCAUUGCCUUGUUUCUGCAUCUGUUCUGGAUAAUGAGAUUCGUUGACGACAAGGAGCAAGGCAUGGUAUAUUGCGCUAUUCAUGAAGAAUAUAAAUAUUUCAUGAUGCACGUGUGGUACUGGAUAAACGUGCUCAUGUAUGCGGCUAUCCCUUGUACAUUGUUGAUCUUGUUCAACCUUCUUAUCAUCAUGGGCAUUGUGAGAUCAAGAAAAGUUCAAAAGCGGCUCAGUGGUAACAAGGAUGACAGCUCUAGUAUUGAUCGAUUACGUCAAGUAACGAUAAUGUUAGUUGCUGCAGCUAUUUCUCUGGUGAUAUUGACAACACCACGAUGUGUAAUGCUAAUUUUGACUCCAUAUUGGAAUCCUCCAGAGCAAACGAUGGAGGGGUCCGUUGAGUAUCUACUCGACACAAUUGCAUUUGUCUUGUGUGAUUUCAAUCAUGCAAUCAAUUUUUAUGUAUAUUCAAUGAGUGCUAAACGAUUUAGACGUCAGUUUCUUGACUUAUUUCAAAGAAGAAAGCACCAAAUGACCCCAACCAAAACACAAUAUAUUUCUCUUUCUACACGACAGUCAGUGCGACUGAAUGGGGAUAGCCCGAGUAAGAAAAUGCAGAAUGGGUGAACUUCUGCUUUUGAUUAUUAUCACCAUGUCAUCUUAAACUGUCAAUGUCAACUUUCAAAGAGAGAUGUAUUCUUUUCAACUCUGAUUGAUAAUCUUAAUGUAGAAAUGAAUGUUAAAAUAGCGAUGAUGGAAGGCCAUGAUACGUUAAGAUUCUUUCAUGGUGCAGAUAACAAUGACACAGGUGAAAUAACCUGGUAUUUUAUUAUUUUAGAAUUCUCAAAUAAAAAAUAUCCUAAA